AUGGGCCAAGGAGCUGCCAAGGCGAAGCAAGGGGGUGAGGAGGCAGUGCAGAAGACCCCCGAGAAGAAGGACGCGAAGAAAGCGCACACAUCCAGCGACGCAAACGCGCUCAUCGAAUUCAUGAAGAAGAACUACGACGCCAAAGUGAAGGAUGUGACGGAGUUCGAUGAGUUCUACCACGCCAUUUACGAGCUUAUCGAAAAAUUUUGCGAAGAGAGAGGGCAGUUGCAGUACAGGAUACCACCAAAAGAGGAGCUCAAGGAAAAGUACGAGCUAGCAGCGCCUUACCGUAGAGCGGACUUCUCAUUCAGUUUCCUCCGUGUUUUCCCCCAAGCGCAGAAGUUCCACAAGGGAAGGGGGACGAAAGUGACCGCGCAGGAAUUCGAGAACAUCGCCAAGGCGAUCCUCAAGAUAGACAGCUUCACCUUCGGCAAGGCCGCCGUCGACAUCCUCGUCGUCCUCUUCGGCGUGCCGGUGUGCGCGCUCCUCACCAAGAGGUUCGUCCCGGGCCUCAAGGCCAUCUCCGACGACAUCGUCAUCCCGGCGGCCACCUCCGGAGCCGUCGUGUACCUCGCCAAGUCCAACAAGCUCUGA